AAAACAAGUAACAAAAACCUAAGGUUUCUCUUCUUCUUCUUCUCCUCUGCUGCCGGGCCACCAAGUCACACCAGAGGCGAAGAUCUGGGCUCAGAAUCUGCUCUCUCUCUCUCUUUUUCGCGGACUAUCUACCUUACGACGGCGCCCUCAAAACCAUCUUUUGGUUGUUUGAGCCUUAUUGUUUGGGGCCAGAAAAGAGCUGACUGAUAGCCAUGUCGACUUUUGCCAAACCAGAGAAUGCCCUGAAGCGUGCUGAAGAAUUAAUCAAUGUUGGACAAAAGCAAGCUGCCCUGCAAGCCUUACAUGAUCUGAUCACUUCAAAAAGGUAUCGAGCAUGGCAAAAGACACUUGAACGGAUAAUGUUUAAGUAUGUGGAGCUCUGUGUGGACAUGCGGAGGGGUAGGUUUGCCAAGGAUGGUCUCAUUCAGUACAGGAUUGUAUGCCAGCAAGUGAAUGUUAAUUCGUUAGAGGAGGUGAUCAAGCACUUCAUGCAUCUAUCCACUGAGAAAGCAGAGCAAGCUCGUAGUCAGGCACAGGCCUUAGAAGAAGCUCUGGAUGUUGAUGAUUUGGAAGCAGAUAAAAAGCCAGAAGACCUAAUGCUAAGCUAUGUCAGUGGAGAGAAAGGAAAGGACAGGUCUGAUCGUGAACUUGUAACUCCUUGGUUCAAAUUCUUAUGGGAGACGUACAGAACCAUUCUUGAAAUUUUGCGUAACAACUCAAAGUUGGAAGCACUCUACGCGAUGACAGCACACCGGGCUUUCCAAUUCUGUAAACAAUACAAACGGACAACAGAGUUUCGCAGGCUAUGUGAAAUCAUCAGGAAUCAUCUGGCAAAUCUUAACAAAUAUAGAGACCAGAGGGACCGGCCUGACCUGUCGUCUCCAGAAAGCUUGCAGCUCUAUCUUGAUACAAGGUUUGAGCAGCUCAAGAUUGCAACUGAACUCGAACUCUGGCAGGAAGCUUUUCGUUCAGUUGAAGAUAUUCAUGGACUUAUGUGCAUGGUUAAGAAGAGCCCUAAGCCAUCCUUGAUGGUCAUAUAUUAUGCAAAGCUGACGGAAAUAUUUUGGGUUUCUGAGAGCCAUCUUUACCAUGCUUAUGCAUGGUUGAAACUUUUCACACUUCAGAAAAGUUAUAAUAAGAACUUAACCCAGAAAGAUUUGCAAUUGAUAGCAUCAUCUGUUGUUUUAGCUGCACUCUCUGUGACCCCUUAUGAUCACACCCAUGGUGCAUCUCAUCUGGAGCUUGAAAAUGAGAAAGAACGCAAUCUGAGGAUGGCUAGCCUUAUAGGUUUUAAUCUAGAUCCUAAACACGAGAGCAGAGAAAUGCUUGCGAGGACUUCACUUCUCUCAGAACUGGUCUCCAAAGGUGUAAUGACCUGUGUCUCUCAGGAAGUAAAAGAUCUUUACCAUCUUUUAGAGCAUGAGUUUUUUCCUUUAGAUCUUGCUUCAAAAGUGCAACCUCUGUUAACAAAGAUCUCCAAGCUUGGGGGCAAGCUUGCCUCUGCUUCUUCUGUUCCAGAAGUGCAAUUUUCACAGUAUGUUCCUGCCCUGGAAAAGCUUGCUACCUUGAGAUUGCUACAGCAGGCAUCUCAGGUUUAUCAGACAAUGAAGACUGAGGUGCUCUCGAGGAUGAUCCCUUUUUUUGACUUCUCUGUUGUGGAGAAGGUUUCUGUGGAUGCAGUGAAAUAUAAUUUUAUUGCCAUGAAAAUUGACCACAGAAAGGGUGCUGCCAUAUUUGGUAAUUUGGAUCUUGAAUCUAAUUCGCUUCGAGAUCACCUUACUAUUCUUGCCGAAUCUCUAAAUAAAGCAAGGGCCAUGAUUUAUCCUCCGGUAAAGAAAGCAUCAAAACUUGUUGAAACUUUGCCUGCUCUGGCAGAGGUUGUGGAUAAGGAACACAAAAGACUCCUUGCCCGGAAAUCGAUAAUUGAGAAGCGGAAGGAGGAACAAGAACGACAAAUGCUGGAAAUGGAACGUGAGGAGGAGUCAAAGAGAGUUAAGCUACAGAAAAUAACCGAGGAGGCUGAACAGAAGAGACUUGCUACUGAGUAUACCCGAAGAGAGGAACAAAGAAUUCGUAGGGAAAUAGAAGAGAAAGAACUUGAAGAAGCUCAAGCUAUGCUUCAGGAAGCAGAGAAACGUAGUAAAAAGAAAGGAAAGAAGCCUGUCAUAGAGGGAGAAAAAGUGACCAAACAAACCUUGAUUGAAUUGGCUUUGAGUGAGCAACUCAGGGAGAGGCAGGAAAUGGAGAAGAAACUGCAGAAACUUGCCAAAACAAUGGAUUAUAUGGAAAGAGCAAAGAGAGAAGAAGAGGCACCUCUGAUUGAGGCUGUAUAUAAACAACGGUUGGUGGAAGAAGAGAUUCUUCAUGAGCGUGAGCAGCAGCAAGAGAUUGAGCUGAGUAGACAGCGACAUGCUGGAGACCUACAGGAAAAGAACAGGUUGGCUCGCAUGUUGGACCAAAAGACAAUAUUCCAGGAGAGAAUUGUCAGCCGUCGAGAAGUUGAAAUUAAUAAGUUGAAGAGGGAAAGAGAGGAACGAAUCAAGCAACUUCGUCAGGCCCGGAAUCAGGAGAGGGAGACCAGGAGGAAGUUGAUAUUCUAUCUGAGGUCUGAGGAGGAGAGGUUAAACAAGUUGCGUGAAGAGGAGGCGGCUAGGAAGCAUGAAGAGGAAGAGCAGCGAAAGAAGGAAGAAGCAGAGCGUAAAGCGAAGUUGGAUGAGAUUGCUGAAAAACAGAGGCAAAGGGAGAGGGAAUUGGAAGAGAAAGAGAGGCUGAGGAGAGAGGCUCUCUUGGCAAGAUCAGUGGAGCCACCUUUGAGGCCUGCUGAACCUCCUGUUAUGGUGCGCCAGACAGAACCAGUUGCUGCUGCUGCAGCACCUACUCCUGGAAAAUAUGUUCCCAAGUUUAAGCGUGAGAGAGUAGAUGUCUCUGCGGUUGCUCCACCUCCAGAAACUGAUCGGUGGGGCAGACAUGAUGACCGCCCACCCGCCUCAUCUACUGACAGGUGGCGCAGUGAUGACCGGCGAUCAUUUUCUGGGGCUGGUGGCUCAAGGUCUUCCACGUGGUCAUCAUCAAGGAGUUCUUCACGUGGUGGAUCUGAACGUUGACCUUUAUCCGCUAAUAGGCUUGAGCUACUACUAGUCUUUCUUGAGUGAAUGGACAAUUUUUCCCAUAAGUUUUUCGCAAUGCUGGGGGUAUUAGCUUCGGGGGAAUUUUGUUUGUGUUUGUGUUUGUGUUUGUCAUGUACAUGCAUGAGGAGUAAUUAUUUAUAUGGCCUGCAUAAUAUUUAUAUAAAUUUCUCAAUCCAGACCAGCAAGUCAUGCAAACCUACAAAGAGAUCAACCUUUUGUGAGAUUCAAUUAUGUUGCUGAAUAUAUUCCUCUUGUAAGACGUGUUAAACUAUAGACUAAUAUUAUGC